ACGUUUUUGAACACGCCAACAUCGGACGGGCGAGCGAUGACGGAGCGCAGGUUCACACUCCGGAACGAGGCCGAUGGCGACGCGUCGCAGGCGGCGCAUAGCAUCGUGCGCUUCCUGCCGCCCCCGGCCGUCGCCGACGCCAACGCAUUCGAAGAGCGCGGCCGCGUCCACGCGACCAUGGCUAUGUCGCUCGCCGACCAGCGAUCUUUCGCCGAUGUGCUUGCGCAGUUGACGUUGCUCACGGUCGUUGCGCCGCUGCCCAAGUGGCGGGGCGUUGGCAUCGUUCACGUCGGCGACUGGGGCCCCCACGCCGUACAGCUCGCUGCCGACCAAUUGCAUGAAACGGACCAAGUGCGCUUGACGCUGUCGUGCGAUUGUUUGCCAGACGCUGCGACCUCGCCCGACGACGAGCGCUCGACCUUGUACCGCGUGCUCUUGACGCUGCAAGAGCAGCUGCAGCCUGAGGAGGCCGUGCCCGAGCGUCCGCGCCGCGUCAACAGCACGUUUGAGCGCGACUCGCCCGACACGAGCGACGAAGAGAAAGGCCACGGGACGUCGCCGCCGCCGCACCACCGCACGCCGCGACGGUCCGAGUCGGCGCCUGUCUACAACGAGCCGCCGACGCCGCCGUUCGAAGACCUCCCCGUGACCCGCGCUCGCUCCAAUACCGUGCGGUACUUGCUCUCGAGCCGCGAAGGCUGGGGCGGCAUUGCGUUCGAGGGCUACUUGAACAAGAAGGGCGACCUCCUCGCGGCGUGGAAGUCGUGCUACUGCGUCCUCGAAGGCAAGACGCUCGCCGUCUACGAGUCGCGCGAGGACUUCAUCGCUGACGUCGGGCUCAAAGUGCGCAUGCUGCUGCUGGCGGUGGACGAGGAGAACGGCGCCAAGGCCAACGGCUUUAGCAUUCGCACCGAGGGACACAAGGUGCAGCACAUGGCGUCACGCACGGCGUUUGAACGCGACCAGUGGAUCCGCGCCAUCAAGAUCCAGCUCGUCCAGUACACGCAGCAAGUGGGGACCAAGGGUGGUCCGAUGACGCCGACGACGCCGCAUGUUGCAUUUGCGUCGCAGGCGAUCGACGUACCAGUGUUUUACACGCUCUUGAGCAGCCUCUUGCGCGAAGAGAUUGCGGAUUUUCCGAUUUUGUGCCGGAAUAUCCACCCGGACGUCCUCUUGACGAGCAAUUACCCGCCGAUUGUACCGUUCUGGGGCCAGUACCGGCGCUACGACGGCCUCCUUUUGUACAUUUCGGCGAUCCUCGAGACGGUCGACGUCGAGUCGUUUGAGAUGGCCGACAUUGUCGAGCUCAUUCCCGAGUCGUCCGAGUGUGCGACGCCGGACGAAGCCGCGAUCCCGUACAAGAAGCGCCUCGUCGUCACGGGCAAGGAGACGUUUUCCAUCAAGAACAUGGACCCACCGCGGAAGAUCACACAGCUCUUUGUCCACGAACUGUGGCUCGACUACAAGGACCGCCUCGUGCGGUGGCACAUCAACGGCGACUCGGUCGUGCUCUCGGUCGCCUUUGACGCCUGCGACAAGGGCAAGGGUCUCCGGCUCAUGCUGCCUGGCGAGACGAGCGCGAUCCAACAGGCCAUUCCUCCUGGCAACUUUUACGUCCAAGUUCUCAAAGCGCAGUCGCUUGGGCUCCAGGACGCUGGCGACGCCAAGGCCACCGGGGUCUACGUGCGCUGCGUCGUUGUCGAGGGCACGCACGUCGAGCGCACAUUUGACGGCCUCGACGGGUACCUCGCAAGCAGCUCGGACACAUCGCCGUCCAAAGACGACGGGAUGACCAAGCCGACGAAAGCGACGCGUCUCCUUCGCGGCUUGCAGCGCGCGACAGGCACGAGCAUUGAGCGGCCGUACGCCCCGUACGGCGACAAGAGCGGGUGCGUCACGUCGAUAUCGACGCACAAGCCGCAGAAGGACGUCGAGUGGAACUCGAACUUGCGCCUCGGGUUUCCGGGCUGUCCACGCGGCAGCCACUAUGUGCUCAAGAUUGAGAUCUACCAGAGCCGCUUUAUGAUGCACGACGUGCUCAUUGGCGUUUGCAAGGUCAACUUGUCGCCGCACAUGGCGCUCACGACUGCGUCGGCCGAGGCCAAAGCCAACGGCGCCCUCCCCCGCUGGUACAACCUCUGCGACAUUUACCACGACUGCAAAGAGUGGUGGGCGCCGCCGACGGUCUUCCGCGGGCGUCUCCAACUGGCGAUUGUGUACGCACCGAGCCACACCCCGGGCGCGACGAUGCUGCCGUCACCCGUUGAAACGACGGCCACCGACACGACCGAGACGCUGCGCGAAUACUUUAGUACCCAAGAGUCCAAGAACAUCCCGACACCGCCCAACCCGCAGCACCAAAACCUCUUUGGCCUGGGCAUGCCGUCACUGAUCCGGUUUACGUCCAACCCGCACGCGCCGCCCGAGAUGCUCCGUGACAACCACAUCGUCAUGGCCAAAAAGACGGCGUUCGACAUGCCCGUGCGCUACCAGCUCAUCAAGGUCCUCGGCUCGGGCAGCUACGGCGAGGUGAUUGCAGCGAGCGACACGGAGACAGGCGCGUCGGUUGCGAUCAAGAAGAUUCCCCAAGCGUUCCGCGAACUCUUGGACACGAAGCGCAUUUUACGGGAAAUGUGCUUGCUCCGGCAGCUCAAACACCCGCACUUGAUUCGACUCUGGGACGUACUGCGGCCGCCCCGCUGCGCCGAAAUGGAGGACAUUUACCUUGUGACGGACCUCAUGGAGGCCGAUCUGCACCGCAUCAUCCACUCGACACAGACGCUCAGCGACGAGCACGUCGCGUACCUCAUGUACCAGAUCUUCCGUUCGCUCAAGUAUUUGCACUCGGCCAACAUUGCCCACCGCGACCUCAAGCCCUCGAACGUCCUCCUCACGACGCAGUGCGAAGUCAAGCUCUGCGAUCUUGGCCUUGCACGGUCGCUUGGCACGACGGUCCGCGAGAUCCACAACGACUUGACCGAAUACGUCGUGACGCGCUGGUACCGGGCCCCCGAAGUCCUCCUCGACGGGUCUCGGUACGGCAUUUCGCUCGACAUGUGGUCGGCCGGCUGCAUCAUGGCCGAGAUGCUGGGCCGGAAGCCGCUCUUUCCGGGCUCGAGCACCAUCACGCAGCUCGGCAAGAUCUUCAACGUGCUCGGGACGCCGCCGCCGUCGUACGUGGACAAGAUGAUCAAGCCCGCUGCAAAGAAGUGGGUCCAGCGCCAGCGGCCUCGGACCGCGAUUCCAUUUUCCGAGAUUUACCCGCAGACGAACGCAUUGGCGCUCGACUUGCUCACGAAGCUGCUCACGAUCGACCCAGAGGAGCGGAUUUCUGCGUCGGACGCGCUGCAGCACCCGUACAUCACGUCAUUGGGCCUAUUGGCGGACGACGCGGUCGACACGUUUGUCGGCGUCAUUGACGCGUCGCACGAAGUCGUGCCCGAGGUCAAGGCGGCGAUGCAAGAGGCGGUAUUUGAGCAGGUGUGCAUUUUCCACCCGGAAGCGGUCGAGGCCGAGAAGCUACUGCACGCGCAAGACGUCCAGUUCCGCGUGAGUCCGCACAGCGGCCAGUUGAAGCCAACUAAGUGGUAAGAGGUUCCCGGUUCCGUCCACUGUUUCAAAUUGCAGAGGCAAACAGCAAUCUCAAUGAAACGUACCAAUCGCAUUACA